AUGUUUGGCUUAAUACGACGGUUCUCUAGCGAAGACACGGACGUCAACCAGAGCCAGGACGGCCAGCACGCGGCCGCCAGCCUCCAUCGCCACAAGGACGGCGUGCACGACGUCUUCAACCCGCCGCGGCCGACGGCCAGCCCGUUCCGGCCGCCACCGCUCGACCCGGUCGUGCUGCACGGGUACCGGGAUGGGACGCCCGCCGAGUCGCGGCUGCUCAGCCACGCGGUCGCCGAGGAAAUCCGCAACAUGGUGCCGGAGAGGCUGCGCAUCGUCGAGGACUGGCGACUCGCAUACGGGCUGGAGCGUGACGGGGCAAGCCUGAGCACGCUGUAUGCGAAGUGCAGGGCGUACGAGGGCCGGAGAGUGGGCUUUGUCUUGGUCGUGCAGGACCAAGAAGGCGGGACGUUCGGCGCGUACCUCUCUGAACAUCCGCACCCUUCACCGUCGUAUUUUGGCAACGGCGAGUGCUUCCUAUGGCGGGCGUCGACGAUGGCGUCGCUGUCGCUGCUACCGCCGCCGCCGUCGUCUGACACCACGCACCUGACGACGCGCAGCACGACGCUAGCGGGUGGUACCAGCGGCGGCGCGUCGACGCCAGGCUCGACCGAGUCGAUCCGCUUCAAAGCGUUCCCGUACAGCGGUCUGAACGACUUCUACAUGCACUGCGAGGUGGGGUACCUGAGCGUCGGGUCGGGUGGCGGGCACUACGGGCUCUGGCUGGACGACGCGCUGGACGUCGGGCACAGCGCGACGUGCGAGACGUUUGGGAAUGAGCCGCUGAGCGAUGCCGGGCACAAGUUUAGCGUCGUCGGCGUAGAGCUCUGGGUCCUUGGAGCGUAG